GUAAGUUCCUGAGCCUAAACACGCUAGGGGACACAACUCCGGAACGGACCAAGAUGGCGGCUUCCAGUGAGGGGCCAGUGUUUGCCGCGGGUAUUGAAAAGACUUGGGGUGCAGUCGUUCGUUCCCCUGAAGGGACACCCCAGAAAGUUCGGCAGCUGAUAGAUGAAGGAAUUGUCCCGGAAGAGGGAGGCACAGAACCAAAGGAUAUGUCUGCCACAAUCCAGUCAGUCGAUGGAGCGCCUCAAGCAGAACAGCCUCCAUCGGAAUCUACGAGCAAAGAAGCCUUUUUUCACAGAGUGGAAACCUUUUCUUCUUUGAAAUGGGCAGGGAAGCCCCCUGAGCUGUCUCCACUUAUCUGCGCAAAAUAUGGUUGGGUCACAGUUGAAUGUGACAUGCUCAAGUGCUCCAGCUGCCAGGCUUUCCUCUGUGCCAGUCUGCAGCCCACUUUUGACUUUGGGAGAUAUAAGGAACGUUGUGCCGAGCUCAAGAAAUCCCUGUGCAGUGCCCAUGAGAAGUUCUGCUUUUGGCCAGACAGCCCGUCUCCAGAUAGAUUUGGGAUGUUGCCAUUGGGUGAGCCUGCUGUUCUUGUCAGUGAGUUCCUGGACAGAUUUCAAAGCCUUUGUCAUUUGGACCUCCAACUUCCUUCCCUGAGGCCUGAUGACUUGAAAACUAUGUGCUUGACAGAAGACAAGAUUAGUGUUCUCCUGCACCUGCUGGAAGAUGAACUUGACUAUCAAACUGAUGACAGAAAAUCUACAAGCAAAUUAGGCUCAGACAUCCAAGUCCACGCCACUGCCUGUGUUCUCUCUCUGUGUGGCUGGGCAUGUAGUUCUUUGGAACCUACACAGCUUUCUCUGAUAACAUGUUACCAGUGUAUGAGGAAGGUCGGUCUCUGGGGCUUUCAACAGAUUGAAUCGUCCAUGACAGAUCUGGAGACUUCCUUUGGCCUGACUAGCUCCCCCAUCCCAGGUGUGGAGGGUCGGCCUGAGCACUUCCCUCUGGUGCCUGAAUCUCCUAGGCGGAUGAUGACCCGAAGCCAAGAUGCCACAGUUUCUCCAAGCUCUGAGCAGUCUGAAAAAAGUCCUGGUCCCAUUGUUUCCCGAACCCGGAGUUGGGAGUCUUCCAGUCCUGUUGACCGGCCUGAGCUAGAGGCAGCCAGUCCUACCACCAGGAGCCGCCCAGUGACCCGAAGCAUGGGAACCGGAGAGUCUGCUGGCUUGGAGGUUCCCUCGAGCCCUCUCCGGAGAGCCAAGCGAGCUCGGCUCUGCUCGUCCAGCAGCUCGGACACUUCUCCCCGAAGCUUCUUUGAUCCUACCUCUCAGCACAGGGAUUGGUGCCCUUGGGUGAAUAUCACACUCAAAGAAACUAGGGAAAAUGGGGAAACGGAAGUGGAUGCCUGUCCCCCAGCAGAGCCAGGCUGGAAAGCAGUGUUGACCAUCCUGUUGGCCCACAAGCAUUCUAACCAGCCAGCUGAGACAGACUCCAUGAGUCUCUCUGAAAAAUCAAGGAAAGUGUUCCGAAUAUUCCGGCAGUGGGAGUCUUUAUCCUCAUCCUGAAAAUGCUCCAGACAGAACUGUUGAGGGUGACUUUUUGAAAAAUAAGUUUUGAGUUCUCUUUGAUCGGCUGAUGCUGCUUUUCUUCAUUCUGGUUUAAUUGCGAGUGCAGAGGCCUGCCGUCUGCAUGAUGAAGAGGAGACCCGAUUGCCAUGUGGGGUGUGGACAGGGUAAGACAGAGCAGCCCAGUUCUGUCAGGGGACUGCAGGAUUACGAACCAGCCACAAGACUUGAGGGUUAGAACACCCAGUCAGCAGCUUUGGUUCGGGCACAGUGUUCUGAGCAUGUAGCUCAGGAAUGUGACAGUAUUUGUUAAUAAAGUGUUUGCUAAGA